GAGAGAAUGUUGAGUUCAAUCAAUUCAGAACGUCGAGAUGGAGCCCAACUCACUCAAGUGGGUCGGCUCAGCCUGUGGUCUACACGGACCUUAUAUUUUCUACAAGGCUUUUCAGUUCCACCUUGAAGACAGAUCAAGAAUUUUGUCCCUUGGAGACUUUUUCUUUGUCAGAUGCAAGCCAGAAGAUCCGAUUUGCAUAGCGGAGCUCCAGCUGUUGUGGGAAGAGAGGACUAGCAAGCAACUUUUAUCCAGCUCCAAACUUUAUUUCCUUCCAGAAGAUACCCCCCAGGGAAGAAACAGCGAUCAUGGAGAGGAUGAGGUUAUUGCUGUGUCAGAAAAGGUCAUUGUAAAAUUAGAAGAUUUGGUCAAGUGGGCACAUUCUGACUUUUCAAAAUGGAAGUGUGGGCUCCCAGCGCUACCUUUAAAACUCAAGGAACUAGGAAAGAAUGGCCAGAGGGAAUCACUUCUCAAGCACAGACAGACCAUUCUCAACUGUGGACUGAACUUCAAAGAUGUCUUCAAAGAAAAGGCCGAACUAGGUGAAAAUGAAGAAGAGAGUAAUGUGAUGGUUCUAAGUUAUCCACAAUACUGUAGAUAUCGGUCGAUCCUGAAACGUAUCCAGGAAAAGCCCUCAUCUGUAUUGGCAGACCAAUUUGUUCAAGCACUUGGCGGUAUUGCAAUCAUGAACAAGAACACAAAAAUGUUGUACUGUCGGGACACCUUUGAUCACCCAACCCUAAUUGAAAAUGAAAGCAUUUGUGAUGAAUUUGCUCCAAAUCUUAAAGGCAGACCGCGCAAAAAGAAGCCGUGUUCACAGAGAAAAGAUUCUGUAAAUGGUGUUAAAGAUCCCUCCAAUAUUUGUGACGGCAAAGCCGUUGCCAAGGUAAAAUGUGAAGUUAAGACAACCUUAUCAAAAGCGAAGUCUGCCAACAGCAACUGUAAAAAGACAUCGAUUGAAGAUAAACCAAAGCCGGCUACGGGCAAUGGAUGCAAAGCAGACGAGUGCAAAGCAGAUGAACAAGCAUUUUUAGUGGCGUUAUAUAAAUAUAUGAAAGAUAGAAAAACACCUAUUGAGAGGAUACCAUAUCUAGGGUUUAAGCAGAUUAACCUUUGGACUAUGUUUCAAGCUGCUCAAAAACUGGGAGGAUACGAAACGAUUACUGCUCGGAGACAGUGGAAACAUAUUUAUGAUGAACUAGGAGGAAACCCAGGAAGUACCAGCGCUGCUACAUGCACUCGUAGACAUUACGAAAGAUUAAUCCUGCCAUAUGAAAGGUUUAUUAAAGGAGAAGAAGACAAACCACUGCCACCGGUGAAACCACGGAAACCAGAUAAUGUCUCCCAAGAGGUGGACAAUAAAACCAAACUGUGCAACACAAAGCUGAUUAAGAAAGAAAACCAAAAGUCAAAGAAAGAAAAAGAUAUUACAGAAAAAUCUCAGGACCUAUCUGAGGAGACGACAGAGGAACACGAUCACCUGGAAGUGGAAGAGAAAAGCUUGUCUCAUGCAUGUGACUCUGAGGAUACCAAGCCAUCUAUAGACUGUUCUGAAUCAAAGAGUGGUGAAGUCAAAUUGUCUGCAUCCUUGAUAAAGGAGGAGCUUGAAGAUUCAAUCACUAACAAUGACCAAGUCACAGAAGAGAACGACCAAGACCAGAAUCCCAGUGACUCUAAAUGUAUUAAAGUAGAAAUUAUUAAUUCCAGUGAACUAGAUGAGCACUCACAAAUUUCCAAUGAAAAAUCCGUUAUGAAACCAGAUCAAAGCAAACAAGGAUUUCCAGAUUCAUUGGAAAAUGAAACAUGUGAUGAGAAUUUUAAUAUAUUUCCCCAGAUUCAAGUCCAAGUGCAGCAUGAGGUCCACAUGGAAGAUGAAAAACUACCCAGUAUACCAGAUUAUAUUGCAAAUUGUACAGUAAAGGUGGACUCACUUGUAUCUGAAGACCUCAAAAAUCCUUUGGACAGCAACAUAUUACAAAAUGCACUUAAGCAAAAUCCCAAAGUUUACUUGGUUCAAACACUCGACGUGCUUAAAGAAAAGGAUGUUUCUGCAUCUUUGAAUGAGGAUUCCUCAUUUGGUAACACACCCUUGCUUUAUUCCAGGGGAAAUCCAGGAAUCAUGUCUCCGCUGGCAAAAAAGAAACUGUUAUCUCAGGUUAGUGGGGCAUCACAGUCUGGAAGCUAUCCCUUUGGCUCUCCGCCUCCAUUAAUAAGCAAGAAAAAAUUAAGUACAAAAGCUGAGGUAUCUUCACCUUUACCACAAACUCACCAGGUAUCCAAUUCUGAAUCUGUCCCUUUAAACAGACCUUCUGUGAUACAGCAUGUUCAAAGUUUUAAACAAAAAAGCCCAGAUGACAAGAAUAUUAAUGACCUUUACAAACCCAGUACGUAUAACAAAGUAGAAUCUUACCGUUCUGAUUUCUCCAAGCAUCAUCAAAGUGCACUUGCUGAAUCUUAUGCGUUGAAGUCGAGCAUGCCCGACUGCAAGGACAGAAUGACAGAAAAAAGAAGUACACAUCAUUCUAAUGUGCCUAACUUUCUGGCAGAAUUCUAUUCCUCACCACAUUUGCACAAACUCUAUAGACAUACAGAGCACCAUCUUCAUAAUGAACAUUCAUCUAAAUAUCACCCAAGAGAGAUGUUUCGAGAAUCUGAAAAUGUGUUGUCUCCACACAAGCACCAUGAGAAAAUUCAUUACCAUCACUCCUUGCACCACCAAGACAAACACAAUACAUCAGAUAACAUGGAUGACCAGCCAACCGAUUUGAGCCUCCCCAAAUCUGCACACAAACUUUCCUCGAAAAUUCCAGGAUCCAGCACUUCUCAUCUGUUGGUCCAACAGGAAAGUAAAUCUCAGAAUCACUUUCAAGUUCCAAAUAGCAAGAGCAUGGGUGCUGAAUGUAACCCAAAAGCCUGUAGAGUAUCACCUAUGACAAUAUCUAAACGGCAUCCAGAAUCCGUUCACAGGCCUGUCAAAACUCACAAUGUAAGACUUGAUAAUUCAAGAAAGGUGGAAGCUUUGGUCCACCCAAUCACUAUUGGAAAAAAUAGUCAAAACUUUGGAAUAUCUAGAGUUCUAAAAAGAAACUUGGAUGAUAUAGACAGUCCUGUCUGCGAGAAGAAAAUACGAGCCGUCUCUCCUCUUAGUUUACCAAAGGAGAUGUCUGGGAAAGAGACAUUCACAGGUCAUGAUGGUGAAAGCAGCAAAUCUGUGCAUGAUGUUCAUUCUAGUAACAUGAUGGAAGGCCACAAAUAUCCUUUGUCAUCACCUAUCUUUCCCGGAAUCUAUCCUGGAGGCCUAUGUGGCGGGCUAAGUUCUCGCAUACCAACCACUUAUUCUCAUCCACUCCACUACUUGAAAAAUCAGACUAUGCUUUCACCUCUAAUGCAGCCAUUAGCCCUUCAUUCCUUAAUGAUGCAGAGACAAUACCUGGCUAACUCCACUAACUCCCAACAGCUAUACAGGCAACUGGCUUCAGGUUCAUCUGUAGGGUCUUCAUAUGGAGACUUAUUACACAAUAGCAUUUACCCCUUAACAGCAAUCAAUCCACAGUCGGCUUUUCCUUCCUCCCAACUUUCAUCUGUACAUCCUAGCACAAAACUUUAAAGUUCUCCAUGACCAGUGGCAAAUGUUAAAUAUUUUAGCUACAUUCCUUGCUCAGUAAAAAAAUAUUCUGCAUCAAAAUAUUGUCUAUGUGAGCCACACCAUAACUUGUACCUUCCAACCUAAUAUGUUAGAGGUAAGAACUGGGUUAUAUUUCAGUUCCAUACUCUUUGGCUUGAAUAGUACUUUCAUAUACCUUAUAAACGUACUAUAAUUCAGACUUGCACAUGUGAUUUUUAACACCUAUGGAACUAAAGAGUUUCUUGAAAGCUGACCCUUAAGUGUUAGACAAGUGUUUGGAAUACCGCUGGUGCAAAUAUUGGAUGAAUGAAAAAUAUACAAAGGGGUAAAAUGUUGACUUCUUGUUUUAAUGUUGUUGCGUUGCUUUUUAUUAUUUUUUGUUGUUGACUGUUAACCCUUUGUGUGCCAGAGUUGAGAGCAGCAUGUUGCAACCUGCUGCUCGUUUUCUCUGGCAUGAGAAGGGUUCAAAGUUCAAUCAAUGCAAUGUAUAGUUACAGGUCAAUCAAUAUAUUAAAUUUUAACACUAUAAAGACAGAAAGGUAAACACUGUUCAAUUGACUGUACAUAUCUGCUCUUACAAAUAUCAGUGUCACUGUCUGUUCACCUAAUUUAUAUGGAUUAAUCUUUUUCAGUUGAUUCUGUGCUUUUUUAUUAUUAUUUUUUUUUAUUAAACAAUAUUAUAUUAAGUGCAAGGUCAUUUUUGAGAGGCUAUUAUUUGUGUGUCUGUUAAACCAUGAUGGCUGAUCAAACAUCUUUUUGUAACAGUAUUGUUUACGUAUUGAAAAUUGUAAUUUGAGAGAUUGUCCAAAGAGAAUUAGUAUAAUACUGAUCACACGUUUUGGCAUGCAAACAAAGCCCUAGUUCGGAGAGAUUUUCCAGUAAUGCAAAAAAAAGACUUUUUAUGUCUUGAAAUCUCGUUUCAAGCUAAUUAAAUGACACCUAAGAAUAAUCAAAUAUCUACAGCUUUUCACUGUCAUGACUGAGCUGAUGUUAAGGCAACAAUGACAUGCCACAUAGAUCCAGUAGCCAUACCUGGGUAAGUCUGAGGUUUGACCCAACUUCCCAAACAUAUGCAAGAGCAAAAUUAUAAAAUAAA